UAACCUGUAGUUCGGUCUCUCUGACAUGCACCCAAACACACACUGAAUGAUUAUACAAACUCUUGGAGAGAGCUGGAUGUCAUCUUGUCAGAGGCAAAGGUUUUGGAUGAAGAAGUCUGAUGAUUGAGAGUGCUGACUGCCCGCUCUUCCACCACGAUGGUCGACAUGGAGAGCCACUACCACCCCCCUUCACCCCUGGAGGACUCUGUGCUGGGCAGCCCCCUGUGUGCCGAUGAUGACUUCAUUGGCAGCAUGGAGGAGCUGCAGGACAUCUCCGAGUCCAUGAGCAACAGCGCCCUCGGCACCCUUGAUGUCCCAGAAUACCAGUACUCCAGCAAUGGUUCCGAAGGCUCCGCUGUCUUAGAUGCCCUGACCCCAGCAUCCAGCCCGUCUUCAGUUGUUUACGGGGUGGCAGCAUGCCAGGAGGACCUAACAUCUUCCACCUCAUCGCUAAAUCUGGAGUGUCGAGUGUGUGCUGACCGUGCCUCGGGCUACCACUAUGGAGUCCACGCCUGCGAGGGCUGUAAGGGGUUUUUUCGGAGGACCAUACGUCUGAAGCUGGAGUAUGACAAGUGUGAGCGCCGCUGCAAGAUCCAAAAGAAGAACCGAAACAAGUGCCAAUAUUGCCGCUUCCAGAAGUGCCUGUCAGUGGGCAUGUCCCACAACGCCAUCCGUUUUGGUCGGAUGCCACAGUCAGAGAAGCUGAAGCUGAAGGCAGAGAUGGUGACGGGGGACAGGGAGGUGGAAGACCCCCAGAUAGCUGACCAGAAGACGCUGGCCAAGCAGAUUUAUGAGGCCUAUCUCAAGAACUUCAACAUGAACAAGGCAAAAGCUCGAACCAUUCUUACCGGGAAGACCAGCAAUCCUCCUUUCGUCAUCCAUGACAUGGACACUCUCCAGCUGGCAGAGCAGACACUGGUGGCAAAGAUGGUCGGCUCGGCGGGAAUGCUAAAGGACAGGGAGGCAGAAGUACGAAUUUUCCACUGCUGCCAAUGCACCUCGGUGGAAACGGUCACCGAGCUCACAGAAUUUGCAAAGUCCGUCCCCGGGUUCUCAAGCCUGGACCUCAAUGAUCAGGUGACUCUUUUGAAAUAUGGCGUGUAUGAGGCCCUCUUUGCCCUGCUGGCCUCCUGUAUGAACAAGGAUGGGCUUCUUGUAGCGUAUGGCUCAGGGUUCAUCACCCGGGAGUUUCUCAAGAGCCUACGGCGGCCUUUCAGCGACAUGAUGGAGCCAAAGUUCCAGUUUGCCAUGAAGUUUAAUGCACUGGAGCUGGAUGACAGUGACCUGGCUCUGUUUGUGGCUGCUAUCAUCUGCUGUGGAGACCGACCAGGCCUGGUAAAUGUGGGGCACAUUGAACGAAUGCAAGAGAGCAUUGUGCAGGUGCUACAGCUCCAUCUUCUGGCCAAUCACCCCGACGACACUUUCCUCUUCCCCAAGCUGCUGCAGAAACUGGCUGACCUCCGGCAGUUAGUCACCGAGCACGCGCAGCUGGUGCAGGAGAUCAAAAAGACAGAAGACACCUCACUGCACCCUCUCCUGCAGGAGAUUUACAGAGACAUGUACUGAGAAUUGUGGAGGAGUAACCAGGAGAGGCACUCUACGGACCAUCUCCUUUUUCAGGGACAGGAGAAGAAGAAGAGUCCUCCAUAAGCUAGGGUUGAACCACUUAACCCCCCCUCGCCCCCCUCCCCCAAUGCAGCAAGAGUUAGCUUUGGCUUUUGUCGGUACAAGAGGCCAUUUUUAAGCCCAGGCAAGAGGCUGGUGGCUCUCCUAGUUUGACGCAGUGAUUUCCACUCCAUUGUGUGGACCUUGAAAUGUGAUAUACAGCUGAUUGAGCCUCCAUCUAGACACCCGUGUAUGUAACCUAUGGCCAAACUCUUGGAUAAAAAAUACUAAAUGCAACUUUGAAGUCUUUAGGUGACCCCCAUGGUUAUUCCUAAACUGACCUGAAAAAAGCCCUAAAGUGAGACAGUGAACUUGAUAGUCACCACUCCAGAAAGUAGAUUUUUAUACCGAUGUCAAAGAGCAAAGAGCCAUAUUCCCUCACAGUUCUCAACACCCAAGUGACUUCAGUGGCAGCAGCAACAUUAAGACAGUAAUGAUACCGGCAAGGCAGCUUCUGUCAAAUUGGCUAUCAAUAAAUGUUGGUUGGUGGUUAUGGUUAUCUAUGCACCAGCCCUCCAGCAUGUUUCUUCACCUUUCUAUACCCAGCAACACAACUGUGGUGUCCCAAGGCUCUUGAACAUAAUCCUUUUUUUGUACUGUAAGUCAAGCCAUACUUUGUUUAUAUUUAUCUUUAAGUCUUGAGAUGAUCAAUGUCUCUUGCUAACAAGAUACCAGGAAGACUUGAUAUAGAUUAUCAUUACAAAUGACUCAAGUUGCUUCAACAAAUGUCCACGAACUAUACAGGCAAUAUAAUGUUUUACAAUUCACAGUAAGGUUGCAAAAUCUUUGGAAAUUUGAAGUUGUUCAAGACUGAAAUGACACACAGAUUCACUGUGUAAAUGCACCACAAUGCAAAUCUGAAGCACAAACAUGCCUGUGAAAUGUAGUAUGACACUAUUUUAUACUGGACCUCCAUUCACUGCCUUCUUCACAAAACACAUGCACAGAUGUUUGGCACUCCAUCCUGUUUUGUGUUGUGGUAUUCAAGGGCUAACACCAAGAUAAACCGCAUUACAACCUUAAAUACCAGCGCAUUUGAAGCGGAUUUGGUAUAAAUCAGUCAUCCGUUUCUUAAUUUCUCACUCAGUGAAGCCCUCCUCAAAAUGAUAUCUCAUUAAUUACUGGUAACAUAUGCAGUUGCUUAAGAUUCAGGGUUUUUUAGAAACAUUUUUGUAUACGACGGCAAAUGAAAAGCAUUUCUUUGAGACAUGAUAGAUCAAACUUUCACCAUCACACACUUGUCAUUUUGGGUGAAAAGGGGUCUGUGAUGUUCUUGCAGUUGGCCUGGUAAUUUUUGGUAAACAGUAUCAAAGUCAAAAGAUACUGGUAUCUACCUACAUUUAUGGGCUCUGGUGAGAAAAAUAAAGCCAGUGCAAGGACAGUCACAAGGCAUUUUUUUAAUUAGAAAAGUGUCUGGUGAUGGAUAAAGACAAUAAUUUUCCACAUGACUAGACUUUUUUGUCAUGUGAUAACUGCAUAUGUAAAAAGGCCACUCCUGUAAUUUGUUAUGAUACUGCCCCUUGUAAAUGAACAUCAAAGAAGACUUGAAAGAAGACCCCUAAGGAAAUGGUAAAACAUGCAUGUUUGAUAGUUUGAUAAAUAUAUAUCCAAAUCUCUGAGAGAAUGCUUUCCCCCCUUAUCUGCUUAUCCUACCAAAAUCAUCAUGAAUUUAUCAAAAUUCAUUCAUCUGAAAUGGACCUUUUCUUUAGAAUUAUGUCAAAUUCUGUAGAGUGCACUGUACAUAAAUGAAAUCUCACAUCUCACACUGACUGCUCGCCCCAACUUUUGACUCGAGGUAUACAAGGUACUAAUGAUGAUCAACUUUUGUAUUCCUCUGUAUGGUAAAUACUUUUAAAUGUUUGAAACUGUACAGUAAAUGUAGUUAUGUACUGUAUGUUCUUUUUGCUUAAAUGCCACAUAAUUGUGUUAUGAUUGAAUUGGAUCAUAUUUUUAUACUAAAGUAUAUAUGUAUGACUAAAUCUAAUAAUUGUUUUUUUUUUUUUUUUUUUGAAAUGGCACGAAUGAAGAGUGCAUUGUAAAUAGACUUAAGGGUAACAGGGCAACUGGUAAUCCGAAUAUCCAUAGAUAUGAAUCCCAGUGGGGACAUUCCUUGUGUUGAUCGCUAUUUUUAGAUAGAGAACCAUCAAGGCUGCGAUAUGCACUCAGUUAAUUUCAACUGAACUUCACUUGUUGUUAAAUCAAGCACUUAUGAUUUAAACUGAUGGCCUGUGUGCACUUAACAGGGCUGCACAGGCUCACAAUUAUGGGUAGUUGAUUAGCAGCAGAGAUCAUUCAGUACUGAUCUCCCCUUUUAUACACUGUUGUCAGGUUGCACAUAAGGAAACAAAUGAGGUGAUAUAUGUUUCAUCAUCACUAUCAUAAAUGCUCCAUAAUUCCCUCCUCAUAUUGAGCAAACCUGCCUGUAUUGUUUUAUUUCUUGUGACACAUCACAUCUCUGUUGGUUAAAUAGAGAAACUGAAUGCACUCAUAAUUUGCCAUCACAUCACCUACUAUUACAGUUAAGAAGAUGCAGUAAUGAAAAUGCAGUAUAUAUUGUCUUAUAAUCCUGUUUUGUCACACUUUUUGUCUGACUUUUCUCUCCUCACUCGCUGCUAUAUUAUACUAUCUCACCAAACAUUUUUUUAUGCCAUGAGUAGAUUACUGACCUUUAAGCUGCCUCUUACUUAUAUAUACAUAUAAAUAUCUUCACACAGAAUGUCAGUCCAACAUGCAGAAUUCAUUCAAUGCAGCUCAGUUUUUCCCCAUGCAGAUUCCUGGAGAUUUGGAGAUCCCAGGUAUGCUUCAGGAUUAACACAAUCAAUCUGUGCCUUAGCAUGUGCCCAUGCCAUAAAACACUUGAGAUUCAGAUUAAGAGUUGGCAUGUGCGCACACACACUUUCAGAAUUACACACUGUAGUUGUGAACAGCUUCAAUUGGCUGUUUCGGAAACAACAGGGCAACGCAGACAGGAAAUGUUGUCACAAUAGAUUCAGGGUAUAAUCAGGUAUCAGGUAUAAAUGACAAUAAGACAGAGGCUCAAAAGUGCUAUUGACAUUUGACCCUACACAACCGUAACAAUGAAGGACAAGCUUUAAAAAACAUUUUAAAAAGAGAAUAACUAAAUGAUUAAAAUGCUACAGCCUGGCCCAAGAGGAGAAGUCAUGUAAAUUUGUGAUGUCUGCUUACCCUUAGGAGUGUCUGUUUUGUGUUGAAUUGACAAGGGACUUUUUAACUUGUAUCAGGGAAACCUAGUCUUCCUUUGUUGAACUAGCUCAGGACAUAGAAAGGUACUCUUAUUCCUUUUCUAUCUCUGUCUUUUUUCUGCGUCUUCUUUUUCUAUCUGGAAUGAGUUCAUAGUUCACUGCCUUACAGCACUCAAACACCAACAAGAAUAUUGAUUAAUACUUUAUUUUAUUUUUAUUUUUAUUGUGUCCAAAACUGACAGAAAAAUGUUACCGGGGGGCAGUAGUGAUAGGAAUUAAAUAUUUGAUUUGUUGUUUUUUCUUCCUGGAUUUCAUGGAGUUUGUUUUUGUGGCUAUGGUUUCAUGCAAAGAGACAACAGAGACUGUCUUUGGAUGUGAUGUUAUUGUGUACUGUGGCUUGGUAACAAUACUGUAAAUGUUUGAUGAAUGUAAACUUAGACAUUUAAACCAUGAAAUAAGUUGACAUUGAAUGGAUUUAAAAUAAAAUUAUUUUAAAA